AAAAUGGCCAACACGGGCAACAAAGUGCCACUAGCAAACGGUAGCACAACAAUCCACCGCUAUGGUGCCACAACAGACACACGAACGGUGGUGCCUGCAGUGAACGGAAUAGAGCCCCACAACGAUCCCUCUCCAACAACGUUUCCCGGCAACACCGCAGUCGACAUGGACCGUGCCCAGCUGGACAAGCGUUCCACACUGAAGAUGUGCGAAAAAAUCGGCUACGGAUUGGGCCACGUGUAUAACGAUCUUUGUGCCGGGAUCUGGUUCAGCUACACGCUACUAUUCAUGCAGGGAGCAUUGGGAAUGCCGGCAGCCGAAGCCGGUGCGAUGGUGAUGUUGGGCCAGGUUGGAGAUGCUAUUGCGACACCGAUCGUGGGCCUGCUGACGGAUCGUUAUGGCACGAAGCGACAGUGGCAUAUAGCGGGCACUUUUAUAGUAUUCCUUACAUUCCCGAUGAUAUUUUCCCUGUGUCCUUGGUGCACGGUAGCGCCUCACUGGUGGGAAAUUCUGUACUUCGUAAUCGUGAUACUUGCCUUCCAGUUUGGAUGGCCAAUCGUACAGGUGACGCACCUUGCCAUGAUACCGGAACUCUCUCGCACGCAGAAAGAUCGGUCCGAUUUAACUGCCAUCCGGUACUCGGUAUCGAUCGUGUCCAAUGUGGUGGUGUACAUUGUGACUUGGGCGGUUUUGCGUAGCCGUACAAGCACCGACAACCAGAUUGGACCUGGUGAUGCGUACCGGUUUCGAGACAUUUCACUCAUCCUUACGCUGGUGGGCGUUUCCAUGUCGGUUCUGUUCAACUUUUCGCUCACAUUCAGUGGGUACGAACAUCGACGAAACACAGCACUACAGCACAACAUCAUCCGUCCGUCCGCACCAAGAGCAGAAACGGACAUUGAGCGCGAGUCGCUACUGGGGCCAGAACACCGACAAGCGAAUGGGCAGUUGGCUGGAUCUUCUACCGCGCUGGACGCGAUCGUACAUCGUAAACCAAAGAAAAACUUCUUCAAAUCACCUCUGUUGUAUCAGAAUGCCUUACUGUACGUCUUCUCGAGACUUUUCAUGACAACCUCUCUCGUGUACAUGCCGCUUUGGUUAGACGAACGGGCCUAUCAGCCGGAUGUGACUCCGGCAGAAAACAAUGCCAAUGUUGAGCAUCUAGCAACGGUUCCACUGGUAUCGUUUCUCGCCUCCUUCGUAGCGUCACUAAUUCUUAAGUACACCAAUCGAUUUGUCGGCAACAGUUUGGUGUACUUCGUUGGGUCCAUCAUCAGCACCAGUGUGUGUCUGUGGAUCGCACUAACGCCCGGUGCGGGAUCAUUCAGUACGCUGUCCUUAUUCUUGAUUGCAUCCCUGUUUGGGGCGGGCAGCUCCAUCACAAUGAUUAGCAGCUUAUGCAUUACGGCCGACAUGAUCGGGAAGCAUGCGGAUCAGGGUGGAUUCAUCUAUUCGGCCGUUACGUUUGCGGACAAGCUAAUCACUGGCGUGGUGGUGGUGAUUAUCGAGUCGGUGAAAUGUCACGAUCGUUCCGAAUGUCCUGAGUAUUACAGAGGAGUGCUAUCGUACGGGUGUGGUUUGGCGGCCAUUUUAGGAUGCCUUACGCUGGCCACCUUACUGUGUACUACCGCAUCCACCCGGCGAAGGAAUCGGUAGUGCAUAGUGAAGAAUUAAAUUCCACAAUCU